AUGCAAAAGCAGAGCGCUUUCUUCAUCGCAUUUCUCACAUGCUUUUUCCAGAUUGGCCCAAUAUUCACAAUGCCUGUAGCUGGUGCUUUAUGCACGUCAUCCCUUGGAUGGUCAUCUGUCUAUUACUUACACGCCGUAAUUACCUGUAUUCUGUUUCUGCUGUUCCUCUAUUUCUAUAGAGAACAACCGCAAAUACAUGCGUUUGUAUCUGCCAAAGAAUUGGAUCGUAUCAAACGUAACAAAGGGGAUACAAACGAGAAGGAGCCACUGCCCGUCAAGGCUAUUGUAACGUCAAACGCUAUUAUUGCCGUAUGGAUCUCAGCUAUCGCUAAUUUCAUGGGCAUCCAGGUCACUAUGCAGUUCUCACCAAUCUAUCUUAACAAGGUUAUGGGUUUCCCAGUGGAACAAACUGGUCUGUUCAGCGCGAUACCGCAGAUUGUGACAUUCGCGUUGAAGAUGUUCGCCGGCGUUCUAGCCGAUAAGGCCACAUGUUGCCGACCGGUCACUUCUGUCAAGAUCUUCAAUCUUCUGGCCAUUGGAGGCAUGGGAAUCGCGUUCUUCAUACUUGCCGUCAUACCAACGUCGAUGCCCAUAUUUGCACUAGUGGUGCUCAUCAUUUGCACUUCUAUAGUCGGCUUCAACUGUGGCGCAUUCUUCCGUAGUUCGGCUAUCGUUGCUGCGCAGCACAAUCAUUUCGUAAUGGGUGUGAAUUCGUUCCUCAACUGUCUGGCCGCUUUGCUAGCACCUGUUGUGGUAAACAUUUUCGUCCGUAAUGACACCUGGGACGAGUGGUGGUAUGUAUGGAUAGUGCACGGUAUUGUAAUGACUCUAUGCAGUAUCUACUUCAUGUUCUUCGGUAAAGGUGAGCCAGCUGAGUGGACAAAACCCGGCUAUGGGGCCAGGGUUGCACCAUCAGCACCGGCGCCUUCUACACCACCCAGAUCACACCCUCGUGAUGGCCGAUUUUCGAUGCGCUUGAAUGAUAAGAUUUCCGUCUCCGUACAGACCAUUGGCUUGUCACGAUGUGAUACAUGCCGUGGUCAUCGUGGUGAUAGCUCGUCAUCGCCAGACGUCAGCGAACACAACAAGGAUACGUCGCCAAUCCUUCCGCCAAAUGGGUGGAGUACACCCACGAUCAAGGAAACUUUUGAUUCCUUGGAAGACUACCUCGACUCUGAACCUCAUCGACCACCUAGAUCGAAUGAACGAAAAGUCAUCUUCCCAUUGAAUCCCGACAAAGAGAAUUGA